AUGAAGCCCAAGCGGCUCCAUGAGGUGAAGGGCGAUGAACGGCUGCGCGCAUUGGCCUCGAAAGCCACGCGCGAGCUGGUGAAGUGGGACAAGCUGAAAAAGCCACAGACCAUGUCCAAGAUCGUUUGGGCUAUGGCGAAGCUGGACCUGCGGCUACACAAGCUAGUUGCCAAGGUCACGGAUGAGGCGCUGCAGAAGCUGCCAGAGUUUGAGCCACAACAGCUGGUGAACAUGAUGUGGUCCUAUGCCACCCUGCGGAGCGACGCGCCUCUGUCGGACAUGGCGGGGGGGCUGCGUGGCCGCGUCUCCUCCCUGGCUCCGCUGGGCCGCGCCAACCUUUGCUGGGCCGUGGCAAAGCUCCAGGUGCGAGAAGAGUGGCUGUUGCGCGAGCUAGUCCAGGAGUGCCAAAGUGCCAUUCCGGAAAUGAACGGCCAGAACUUAGCCAACACCAGCUGGGCCCUGGCCACACUUCGGGUCGCGGACGACCGCUUCUUCGAGUCUGUGGCAAAGGUUGUGGCUGCCCAGUGUGGCGAGUUUGCCCAGCAGAACAUCAGCAACACCGCCUGGGCAUUUGCAAAACUGCAGAUCAAAAGGCCCGACAUGAUGGCGGCAAUCUCACGAUGUGUGCAGCAGCGAGCUGCCGAAAUGCCGCCACAGGGCAUUGCUAAUACGGCAUGGUCCUUCGCCACGCUGAACAUCAGGGACGAUGGCCUGAUGUGGGGAGUCCAAGCUGCUUUGGUCGUGUUUUUUGCAGAGGUCUUCUGUCCGUUGCAGCACUUCAUGACUCCACUUGCUGCGUUAGUUUCAAUCAGUCUGUGCUGCGUAGCGCUGCACUCUGCAUGCAAUUCCGUGGCUGCCUCAAGGUGA